CGAGCAGUCAUAUGGUGUGUGUUGUUUUGUCGUUCAUGGUGUCUGGGAAGAGUUCUGAUGAUGUAGCAGUGCUGAUGUAAAGCUGCGAUCAACGGUUCUGAAAAUUGAAAGAUCAUCAGUAUCGGUGAAGACCUUCCAGUCCUUGGUGAAUGAUAGCGUUGAUGUCCUUGUUUUCCUUCGCAGGAGUGGUCAUUUUUCUAUAAUACUGAUUGGUUCUUAUUUUUUUCGUGGCUGGAAAGUAGAGUAGUUAGCAACCAUGGCGGACAUGAAUUUGUCAGGGGAGCAGCAGCAGCAACUUGCUGUGAUGCAGGUAUAACUUCUACAAUGAUAAUAUUCACAAUACCUCAUCCUGCUUUGAGAUCUGUCAACAUUACCACUAGUACCUCUUCUACUGAUUCACUUUCAACAAAGUUUCCAUCCACUGCUGAGUGCUUCCUUCAAAUACCGCAUGUUUCAUACCUUACCCACCUAAUGAUCAACUUCUACAAUCCCACAACACGAACACGCCAGAUAGCAGAGCUUAUGAAGAAUCAGAAGGAAAUGUUGAAGCUGACUUCAAAAUGCUAUCAGAAAUGUCAGCCAGGAGCACCAGGCAAAAGUCUAGGGAGUAGCGAAAAGUCAUGUUUAUGGCGCUGCUCGCAGAGAUGGACGGAAUCAAAAUACUCUAUGAUGUUUGGUUCUUCAUAAAACUUCUAGUACUAAAGUACUCAUUCUCAUCGUAUUAAGUCUAAAUAUACUUGAUAGAUAUUUUGUAACGAGUACUAAGCAGAUCGAGAUCAUCUGCGUGGUGGUACAUUUCAACUCUAAGAGCUUUCUGAACCAGUACCUGAUGUCACAAGCACAAGCGCAGAAGGAGGACGUGGUGGAUGGGACAGUACCCCUGAAAAGCGUCAAGGAUCCGACAGAAGGCUACUUUGCUUAGCCGUACAAUUAACGUUGACCCUUGUUGUCAGUGCUGACGUUGCUUAAGGGUACUAGGUUACAGGUGCUUUUGUUACCGUUUGUCAAUAUGGCUCUCCUAAGGGGCGGGACAGCCAUAACAAGCGGGAUAAACGAACACCAAAAACCUCCCUCUAAGUUGCUGCUGGCAUGAAGCGGCACUUUUCGCGAUUUUGGGCCAUUUGUUUUGAAUCAGAGUCAGAGGUGUAUCAAAUUUAAAUGAACUUGAAACUUCAUCUGAUUGUUGAUCUUCAUUCGCUCUUUUUUCAAGGUGUGGUCACCUCCCACUACAAGACUUGUAACGAUGAAAGCUGAU